AUGGUGAAGACCAAGUUUACCAAACGGAGUGGAACAAGAAAGUGUCCAAUGUGUUCGAAAUUGUUUCAAGGAGAUAGUGAGUUCUCCAUGCAUGUUGUACAAUGUGCCAUGAAAGAACAUGCUUGUGAAUUUUGUGAUUUUACAUCACAAAAAGAAUGUAACGUUAGGAGACAUAUGAAGAGAGCACAUACAGGUUUAAUAGAAAGUCCAAUGCCUUUGGGACAGAAGCUUGACACAGCAAGUGGAGGCAAAGCCGAAAACUCAGGAAAAGAACACAACACUACUUUGUCAAGUGAAAGCGAUUUGGAAAAUGAAGAAUGGUUGUCGCAAGAUCCAGGUGAUUUACUUCUGACAGAAUCUGAGAACAAUACAGCUUAUGUCAGUGGUCAAUGUACAUCUUCAGAAACAGUAAAUAAACCAGACUCUGAUAUCAUGGUUGGGCGUGUUUUCCGCAAGAAAACAUCUCCGUUGCUUCCGGGAAAACGUCCGUCAAAUGACGAUGCUAAACAGUUUAUUGACACUAAGAAAACUAUGAUUGACAUUGGCACACAAACUGAGUUUUGUAAGGAAAUUUCAGUAAAGACAGUAAAGAAAUUUCGAGAGGGUACAGUGGAUAUUAAAGAAAUCACGGUUGAGAAAUUUAUUUAA